CUGCUUCCCUGUGAGUGGAACAAAAGCUCAGUCAGCCGAUGAAGCUAUUGGCUGGGAGGCUCCAGGUUCCUGCGCACUGGCACUGACUGCUCUCAUAAACAGCUCCCACACUGACUCCACUCACACAUCACGCUGUGAGGGGCCAUGUCGCAGUACACUCUGGGAGUUCACCUGCAGAUCCUGCUGGCCGUGGGUCUGGCCGUGUUCUGCUACUGUUUGGUCCUCGGUUGUAUCCUUUGCUGUCGAAGGAGGAAGAAUGUCUCAUCACAGGACAAGGAGGCCGCUUUUCUGUCUUCCCAUCCAGCUGAGACGGUGACUGUGACAUUGACUCCAUCUCCGUGUGCGCAGCCUGUUAAGCAGCAGUAUGAGGAGCUGGAUGGAGAUGUGUUGGAGUUUCCUUCCUUUAAGAGCAGCUCCUCUCCUUCUGAGGAUGACGCUGCUGCUCUGCCCUUUGACCCGAGCCCGACCAGAUCGGCUGAGCUGGUGCACUCUGCUGGAUCAUUUUUCCCAAUGCGGCGCCUCAGCUCCCCAGCAGUUCCCUGCACACUCAGUAAACCUCAGAGUCAUGGCAGAGCCUCUUUGCCCUCCCUCACAAAGCUGAGCCUGGUGUCUAAAUCUCGUCGGGCAAUGGGUCGGCGUAGCACCGUGAGCAGCGAAAGUUUUCUUUACAGCGAGAGCAGUCGACUGAGUGCUGCUGCUGCUGCCAAGGCUCCCACCCAGCAGCAUCAGCCUAGUGGAUCACAGUAUGGCUCUAACUCUCUCUCCAUCCACUCAAAGCCGGCUCCUCUCUUGCACUUCUCCCUGCUCUUCUCCUCAGCCUGUGCCACCCUGCUGGUCAACAUCCUGGGGCUCUCAGGGGCCAAUCGGAGACGCAGCGGGGUGUUUGUUCGAGCCAGCCUCCCUCCACUCUGCCCUUCUCCUCAGCAGAUUGCCUCUCGGCGCCGCAGCUUCAGCUCAGAUCUCCAGAGUCAGAGCUUUGUGCUGCAUGUGGGCUCUGUGGAGGAGCUGCGUACCUGCACGCUGAGACUGGCCGUCUACAGCAGGGACUUCUCCGGCCUCAGGGAGGCUGUGCUGGGGGUCGUGGAGCUGUCCUGUGAGCAGAUGGACUGGGAGCCUGACAUCACCACCACCUACACCAGGCAGCUCACCCCAACUAAGAGCAAGUUGAAAAAGAGUGUCAGCUCUCAGGAAACGCUAGGUCACAGGAGGAGCUUGGUUGGUGUCCCGCGGGCUUUGGGCCAACUCUUCAUCCUGCUGCAGUACCAGACGCUGGCCCAGCGCGUCAAGGUGAUGGUUCGAAAGGCUGAGAAUCUGGCCAAGCUCACACGGAUCCCUGGAGCUGCAGACCACUAUGUUGUCAUCAACCUGCGUCAGGAUGGGAAAGUGAUUGGUACCAAGGAGACCAAAGGAGUCAGUGGUCCUAACCCCGUCUGGAAUGCUCCCUUUCUGUUUGACCUCCCCCCCGGUGACAUCACUCAGCUGCCGCUGGUCUUUGAAUUCAUCAUCAUGCAGGGCCGUCUCUACACAAAGAGCAGCGUUUUGGGUUGUGUGGUGAUUGGCAGCGACGCUCCUGAGGCAGGACAGGCACACUGGAAGGAAAUGUGCAGUCGAGGUCAGAUCGAAACGGCUCGCUGGCAUUCUAUCCAAUCAGAUAUGCUGUAAGAGCAGUGGACAGACUGUUGCACUAACCACUGCCCCCUUGUUAGUGUCCAAAAGGUGGAGCCAUUUCUGGGUGAUUUUAUUACUUUUUAAAAUUUAAUUUAUUAUCAUUAUUAUUAUUAUUAUUAUUAUCAUUAUUAUUAUUAUGAGGUGUAGUAGUAAAAGUAGUAUUUGUAUUUGUCAACACAUUAUGUUCAAGCAUUAAUUACUGAAUCAUCUAGACCAGUGGUGUCAAACUCAUUUUAGUUCAGGGGCCACAUACAGUGCAAUUUAAUUUAAAAGUGGGCUGGACCAAUUAUAAUAACAAUGAUAAUAAUAAUAAUAGCAUGAUAAACUCACAAGAACUCCAAAUGUUUCCCUUUAUUUUACAUUCAAUGAAGUAUCUUUUUUACAAAACAUAUUAUAAACAACCUGACACUUCAAUGUUAUGUCUAAGUUUACCAUUUACCCACGUGCACUACAACCUACAGAUCACAGUGCAUCUACAAAGGCACAAAACAUUUAGUCACAGGUAUCUGGAACUGAAAAAUAUGCUAUUUAACUUGAUGAUUAGAUUCAAAUUAAACUGCAAAGUUUUCACAAAUUCAUCCUGCAGGCCAGAUUGGGCCAUAUGUUUGACACCCUUGAUCUAGACUGUAGAGGAGGAAGCUCUGACCACUGUGAGCAGGUCAAAUGCAGCAGUUGUCUCUGUAUCAACAGUAUUGUAAUUCUUUACACUGUGACUUCCGUGACUGUGUACGUUCUAAUGUACUGUUUGCAACCGGUGCCCGUGCCGUAGUAACUCUUGUGUCGUGUGCAG